AUGGCUGCUUUGGGACACACAUUCCCCUUCUACGCUGGCCCCAAGCCGAACUACCCAAUGGUCACCACCUUGGCCGUCAUCAUCGCCAUCUUUCUGACUUCACUGGUCACCUUUAUCAUCAUCCUGCCAGGCAUUCGGGGCAAGACGAGGCUGUUCUGGAUCCUGCGAGUAGUGACCAGCUUAUUCAUUGGAGCUGUGAUCCUGGCCGUGAAUUUCAGUUCUGAGUGGUCUGUGGGCCAGGUCAGCACCAACACAUCAUACAAGGCCUUCAGUUCCGAAUGGAUCAGCACCGCUGUUGGGCUGGGAGGAGUCAAUAUUCCGCUCACAGGUGACCCGGUGCAGCAGCUGAAGGAGACCGGCGAUUACAACAAGGAGUUCACCUGGCGCCUGGGGGAGAACUACGCCAAGGAGUAUGCAAAGGCACUGGAGAAGGGGCUGCCAGACCCCGUGCUCUACCUGGCCAAGAAGUUCACCCCACACAGCCCAUGUGGCCUGUAUGGCCAGUACCGCCUGGCGGGACACUACACCUCGGCCACACUGUGGGUGGCAUUCCUCUGCUGGCUGCUGGCCGAUGUGAUGCUGUCCAUGCCUGUGCUGGUCUACGGUGUCUACGGUGGUCACAUGCUGCUGGCCACGGGUGUCUUCCAGCUGUUGGGACCACUCUUCUUCUCCAUGGCCAUGUCACUCACCCCGCCGUGUCCCCUACACUUGGGCACUGCCACACUGCACACUCACCGUGGACCUGCCUUCUGGGUCACAUUGACCACAGGUGAGGCCCAAUCCUGA